CGCACAUACAUGCUAUAUAGCUUCCACAUAAAUGAAAAUUUCCAGAGGCUGAUUGCGUUUUGGGUAACUUCUUGCUUAACACUGACACCGACCUACCACGCAAGGUGCACCGUGAUUCGCUCCAAUUUUGGGUUUCAAUGCAGUGGUUGGAUUAUGUUGCAAUGGGCUCUAUUUUGCUUUUGCUCAGAGUGCGGUCUGACGUACGUACAUAUGGCCGUCCACCCUACGAGCCCCUCCCGACUCCCUGUAUUCUGAGGAUCUGGCACAAGUACAAAUAACUUUGGUGUUUGUAUCGCUUUUCCGAAUCUUACCCUGGUGUCACUACUAUAUUGUGGUAUCACCGCCAUGUGUGGACUGACAGCCUUCUUCACUGUUGAGGGAGAACCCAGCUGCGAACAAUGUUCCAAUGACACUUCUCGUCUAGAGCGACAGAUGCAGGAAAGCCUGGACCUAGUUAACCAUCGAGGUCCGGACGCACGUGGUUCUUGGUUCAGCCCUGAUCGUCAAGUUGGCAUGGGACAUGUUCGACUCUCAAUCCGCGAUUUGAGUCCUGCAGGUAACCAGCCUUUCCACGACAGCGAGGACGCUAUUCAUGCUGUCGUCAACGGAGAACUCUAUUACCACGAGCAGUAUCGAUCAGAACUGGCCCAGGAGUACAAGUUCAAAGGUAACAGCGACUGUGAGAUUGUCAUUGCGCUCUACCAGCACUACGGGAUCUCGUUCCUCAACAAAUUAAGGGGCGAGUUCGCUCUUGUGCUUUAUGAUGCGAACCGCAACCUAUUCCUUGCGGCCCGGGAUCGGUACGGCAUCAAAUCGCUGUAUUAUACUCUCGUCGGUAAUCGGCUUUUAGUCGCAACGGAAAUGAAAUCGUUCCUGCCUUUUGGUUGGAAGCCAGAGUGGGAUAUCACGAGUAUCAGGGAAAAGUCCUGGCUAUUUGACUCACGAAUAUUUUUCAAAGGAGUGCAUAGACUCGCUCCCGGUCAGUAUAUGAUCAGUCAGAGUUUCAUGCCCCCUGAGGUGAGAACGUACUGGGACACUGAGUAUCCAGAUAAAAAAACGGUAUACCCGCAGUCCGAAGAUGAAGCCAUCGAGAGAGUUAGGGAGCUCAUGCUUGAUGCUGUUCGACUCCGACUGCGUGCCGAUGUAGGAGUAGGUAUCUAUUUGAGUGGAGGCCUAGACUCGUCUGCCAUAGCAGGAAUGGCUGUAAAGCUUGUCCGGGAAGGAAAUAGACUUGGAAAUGACAUGAGUGGCGAGCGUGCUAAGAUUAGCUGCUUCACGGUCCAAUUCGAAAAAGACAGUGGGUUCGACGAGUCAGAUAUCGCGCAGCGAACGGCCGAGUGGUUGGGCGUCGAAUUUCAUUCUGUAUACAUGGAUGAGGAGGCUAUUGCUUCGAGAUUCGAGGACACAGUCUGGUACAGUGAAACGCCAGCCCCGAAUGUCAAUGGAAUGGGACGGCUGGCGGUAGCUGAGGCCGCUCAUGCCAAUGGGAAAAGGGUUAUUCUUACCGGCGAGGGUUCCGAUGAACACUUCGCAGGCUAUCAUGACUUUCUGCCUAAUUUUCUUCUGGAGCCUGACUUUUCAUGGCCACCAUCCUUGGCUAAGCAUGGUGAUAUUGCGGAUGCUUGGAAAGUUAUGGAGGAAAGAAACCAAAUAAUCCCGACAGACAUGGCCGAUACGUCUGCGCCAACAAAGCGUAUGCUCAACAAUACCACCUUAUACAGCCGUCUAGGCUCAUUUAACGAUUUGCCAUACCUGUCAUGGACAGAUCGGUUUGCGCUCAGAACGCCAGCCACGGCAUUUGCAGAGAGCUUUGGCGCACAUGUCCUUAACAAAAUGGUAGAGAAGUGGCAUCCUCUUAACUCGGUACAAUACCAAUGGACGAAAUCCGUGCUCGCGAACUAUAUCCUCCGCUGGGUGGGUGAUAAUAUAGAUAUGGUCCACCAGAUCGAGACGCGACCGCCAUUCCUAGACCAUCAUGUUACAGAAUACGCGAAUAAUAUCCCACCAAGCCUCAGAAUCAAAUACGAUCCUGCGAGUAAAACCUUCCGCGAAAAAAGUAUUUUGCGUGAAGCAAUGAAGCCCUUUGUCACAGAGGAAAUCUAUAACCGUACAAAGCACCCGUUUGUCGGACCAUUUACGUACCAAGCGGAUGGCCCCGUGCACAAGGUCUUGAAGCGGCUGUUGACACAAGAAAAUGUUAAUCAGCUGGGAUUUCUCGAUUGGGACCGGGUGCAAGGACAUCUUGCAAAGGCAUUCCGCGACAAGGAUGGCUUGUGCUUCCAGAGAGCAUUCUGCGCGGCCCAAUACGUUGUCUUAGGCCAAAAGUUCGGUGUCAAGAAGGCCCUAGAUCCCGGGUGCAUCCAUAAGCCAAUCAAGGAGGUAACAAGCAUCUCCUAG